CAUUUUCUUGAUUUUGGCGUCCUCUUCGUAUAUAUAUAGCCUCUUCCUUUGGUUUCGCCUUUUACCGAUAAGCUCACACAAAUCACAGCAACAAAAACCAAAACCAAUCGUAUACAAAUCCACACACACACUCUCUCUCUCUCUCUAUGAGUCAGUUAUGAAAAAUUAACUCUCGAAGAAAAAAAUAAUGGCAUUUCAGAGGAAAAAAAAGUUCAAAAUACACCGUCGAAUCGAAGAGAGAGUAGAUUUCUUUGAUGGCUUACCGGACGAUAUCGUAACGUGUAUCCUCGCUAAGCUUAGUUCCUCAGCUUCUUCUCCUUCUGAUUUCGUUAACAUUCUUGUUACAUGUAAGAGAUUGAAUCGGUUAGGUCUUCAUCCGUUGGUCUUAUCUAAAGCUUGUUCGAAAGUGUUUGAUAUUAAAGCUGAAAAGUGGUCUGAUUCUGCUCACCGGUUUUUGAAAGAGUGCGUUAACUCCGGUAACGCUGAGGCUUCUUAUACACUCGGAAUGAUCCGAUUUUAUUGCUUACAAAAUCCAGGGAGUGGUGCUUCGCUCAUGGCAAAGGCAGCGAUGAAAUCUCACGCGCCGGCUCUUUACUCACUCGCUGUGAUUCAGUUCAACGGUAGCGGCGGUUCAAAGAGCGACAAGGAUCUUCGCGCGGGAGUAGCUUUGUGUGCACGCGCCGCCUUCCUCGGUCACAUCGACGCACUACGCGAGCUCGGUCAUUGCCUCCAGGACGGUUACGGAACCAGGCAAAACGUUGCAGAGGGACGCCGCCUCCUUGUUCAGGCGAACGCGCGCGAGCUUGCCGCCGGUCUCCGUUCUCCGGUGUGGAUGUCCAAUUACUACCGCCGGUGCUUAUCUCCACCAGUGCCGGUCGGUUGCUCGCUCCUGAGCGAUUUCGGGUGCAUCGUGCCGGAGAGAGAGCUCCAUCCGGCGAACCGGUUCCUGAAAGAGUGGUUCGAGUCAGGCCGCGGCGCGGUGGGAGAAAAGCUCAGACUCUGCGCCCAUGGCGGGUGCGGUCGACCAGAGACACGGCCGCACGAGUUUCGAAGGUGCUCAGUGUGUGGGAAGGUGAAUUACUGCUCGCGUGGAUGUCAAGCGCUCGAUUGGAAACUUCGGCAUAAAGCUGAGUGUAAUCCCGGAGAACGGUGGCUUGAAGAAGACGGCGCCGACGUCGACGGUGGUGGAGGAGAAAUGGCAGAGGUUGAAGACGGUGAGAAUGUGUUGUUUGAAUAAUUAUAAAUUUAAAAAUGAAAUUAGUAAAAAAAAAAAGAAUUAAAUUUACUUUGUUUCUUUUUAGAAUAUUUAAUUUUAGUUGAGAGAAAUUUGUUGUCUUUUCUUUUGUACAGUUCAACCCAAAAAAAAAAAGUUUUGGAAAAAAAUUAAUGGUGUAUCACAAAAUGGAAAUGAUCACAUAUAUAUAUGUGUAUGUAUAUACAUCUUUUAAAAUUAUUUUAGUAUUUAAUUAGUUACUGUUUUUGAUGCACAUGCAUUAUGCAUGAUACCCUCCAAAUUUGUCAAAAAUUGAUAUUAAUUUUUUUUAGUGUAAAUGAAAAUAAAUAUUAAAGAUUAUUUAUGGUA